CUCGGCGGGGCCGCGAUGGAAGAGGAGCGGGCGGGCGAGCAGAUGAGACCGUUGCUCACCACGGGUCACGAUGAAGAAGCUGUUGUGGAUAUGGGCAAAAUUAGCUCUACCAUCAAUACAAACUUUGAGAAAGAAGAACUAGAGAGUCACAGAGCUGUGUAUAUUGGAGUUCAUGUCCCCUUUGGAAAGCAAGGUCGUCGACGACACAGACAUCGUGGGCACAGGCAUCACAGGAGAAAAAAAGAAAAAGAAACUGACAGAGAGGAUGGUCGAGAGUCUCCCUCCUAUGAUACUCCAUCCCAGCGAGUGCAGUUUAUCUUGGGUACUGAAGAUGAUGAUGAACACAUUCCUCAUGAUCUCUUCACUGAAAUGGAUGAACUUUGCUUCAGGGAUGGAGAAGAAUAUGAAUGGAAAGAAACAGCUAGGUGGUUGAAAUUUGAAGAGGAUGUUGAAGAUGGUGGGGAUCGAUGGAGCAAGCCUUAUGUAGCAACUCUGUCCCUGCACAGUCUCUUUGAACUGCGAAGCUGUAUUCUCAAUGGGACGGUCAUGCUGGACAUGAGAGCAAACACACUAGAUGAGAUAGCAGAUAUGGUUUUGGACAACAUGAUUGCCUCUGGCCAGUUGGAUGAAUCCAUAAGAGAGAAUGUUAGAGAGGCCCUUCUGAAAAGGCAUCAUCAUCAGAAUGAGAAAAAAUUCAGCAAUCGGAUUCCCCUGGUUCGGUCCUUUGCAGAUAUAGGCAAGAAACAUUCUGACCCUCACUUGCUUGAACGAAAUGGGGAAGGCCUUUCAGCCUCCCGCCACUCUUUGCGAACAGGUCUCUCUGCCUCAAAUAUUUCCCUGAGAGGAGAAAACCGUUUGUCACUUCUUCUCAAUUACCUUCUUCCUUCUUCAAGAGCUGGGACCCCGGCAACCUCAAGGCAUACAACCCCUGUAACUACCCCUCAAAACACACCACCCUCCAGUCCUAUGUGCAGCCACCCGCCAACCACAAGUGCCCAGCCAAGUCCACUUCAGGGCAAGGAAUUGCUGGUGUCACCUGCCAGUGAUGAUAUUCCUUCAGUAAUAAUCCACCCACCUGAGGAGGACUUAGAAGUUCAGGAAAGCCAGGAAAAGAAGACAGAGGAAAAUGUUGACAAAACACCAGGGCUAUUAGCAUCUCCACAGUCAGCACCUGGAAAUCUAGACACUGGGAAAAGUGGAGACGUUAAAGGUACUGGGACAGGAGGAAGCAGAGAAAACAGCACUGUAGAUUUUAGUAAGGAUUCUGCCUCCUGGCAUUGUAGUUGUGGCACACUUGGUGCGGGACUCAAGAGGUCAUCUGUUGAUAUGAACUUCAUGAGGAAAAUUCCUUCAGGAGCAGAAGCAUCAAAUGUACUAGUGGGAGAAGUAGAUUUUUUAGAAAGACCUAUUAUUGCUUUUGUGAGGCUCUCCCCUGCUGUGCUUCUCUCAGGUCUCACAGAGGUUCCAGUUCCUACACGGUUUUUGUUUUUGUUGUUGGGACCAGCAGGAAAAGCUCCCCAGUACCAUGAAAUUGGAAGAUCAAUAGCAACACUUAUGACAGAUGAUGUUUUCCAUGAUGUUGCCUACAAAGCAAAAGACCGGAAUGAUUUGUUGUCAGGAAUUGAUGAAUUUUUAGACCAAGUGACAGUGCUGCCUCCAGGAGAAUGGGAUCCAUCUAUACGAAUUGAGCCACCAAAAAGUGUUCCUUCCCAGGAGAAAAGGAAGGCACCAAAAUUUCCAAAUGGAUCUACUCCUACAGGAGAGACUCUCAAACAAGAAGGCCAUCAUGCUGGACCUGAACUUGAGAGAACUGGAAGGCUUUUUGGUGGUUUGAUACUUGACAUCCAAAGGAAAGCACCUUUUUUCUUGAGUGACUUCAAGGAUGCAUUAAGCCUGCAGUGCCUGGCCUCGAUUCUUUUCCUAUACUGUGCCUGUAUGUCUCCUGUAAUCACUUUUGGAGGGCUCCUGGGAGAAGCUACACAAGGCAGAAUAAGUGCAAUAGAAUCUCUCUUUGGAGCCUCAUUAACUGGGAUUGCCUAUUCUCUCUUUGCUGGGCAACCUCUUACUAUUUUGGGGAGCACCGGACCAGUUCUAGUAUUUGAAAAAAUAUUAUUUAAAUUUUGCAGGGAUUAUGGUCUUUCUUACCUCUCUCUGCGAACUAGCAUUGGUCUGUGGACUGCAUUUUUAUGCAUAGUGCUUGUAGCCACAGAUGCCAGCAGCCUUGUGUGCUACAUCACUCGCUUCACCGAGGAAGCUUUUGCAGCCCUUAUCUGCAUCAUAUUUAUUUAUGAGGCAUUGGAAAAGCUUUUCCAUUUGGGAGAAGUGUAUGCCUUCAAUAUGCACAAUGAUUUGGAUAAACUGACUUUAUAUUCAUGUGUGUGUUCUGAGCCUGAAAAACCCAGCAAUGAAACAUUGCAAGUGUGGAAGAAAAAUAAGUCUGUGGAAAAUAUAGCUUGGAGUAACCUCACAGUUUCUGAAUGUUUAGAAUAUCAUGGUGUGUUUCGUGGAUCAGCUUGUGGCCAUCAUGGACCAUAUAUUCCAGAUGUUCUCUUCUGGUCUGUCAUAUUAUUCUUUACAACAUUUUUCCUCUCCUCUUUCUUUAAACAAUUCAAGACCAAACGCUAUUUCCCAACUAAGGUGCGUUCUACCAUCAGCGACUUUGCAGUAUUUCUGACCAUAGUAAUUAUGGUUUUAAUUGACUAUCUUGUGGGAGUACCUUCUCCUAAGCUUCACGUUCCAGAGAAAUUUGAACCCACUCGAAAAGACAGAGGAUGGUUCAUAGAUCCUCUCGGACCCAAUCCCUGGUGGACGCUCUUGGUAGCUGCUAUCCCUGCUUUACUCUGUACCAUUCUUAUUUUCAUGGAUCAACAAAUAACAGCUGUUAUUAUAAACAGGAAGGAGCAUAAGCUGAAGAAAGGCUGUGGUUAUCACCUUGAUCUGCUCAUGGUUGGUGUUAUGUUGGGGAUAUGUUCUAUCAUGGGGUUGCCGUGGUUUGUUGCUGCGACUGUCCUGUCUAUAAGUCAUGUUAACAGCCUUAAAGUUGAAUCUGAAUGCUCAGCACCAGGAGAGCAACCAAAAUUUCUGGGAAUUCGGGAGCAGCGUGUGACAGGAUUGAUGAUUUUUGUCCUAAUGGGGCUGUCAGUGUUCAUGACCUCAGUGUUAAAGUUUAUUCCAAUGCCAGUUUUGUAUGGUGUCUUUCUUUACAUGGGAGUAUCUUCAUUAAAAGGCAUUCAGUUUUUUGACCGUAUAAAACUAUUUGGAAUGCCUGCCAAGCAUCAGCCUGACCUGAUUUAUCUACGUUAUGUGCCACUUUGGAAGGUCCAUAUCUUUACAGUUGUUCAACUCACUUGUCUAGUUCUACUCUGGGUGAUUAAAGCCUCUGCAGCUGCUGUUGUCUUCCCUAUGAUGGUUCUAGCAUUAGUGUUCAUUCGAAAGCUCAUGGAUUUGUGCUUCACCAAAAGGGAGCUUAGCUGGCUUGAUGAUCUUAUGCCAGAAAGUAAAAAGAAGAAAGAAGAUGACAAAAAGAAAAAGGAGAAAGCAGAAGCAGAGAGAAUGCUUCGAACAGGGGACAAUGAAAGUGUACAUCUUGCAUAUGGAGAAGCAAAUUUGGAUUUUCCUGUAAAAAACCUAAAAUACAGUGUUGAUCCCUCAAUUGUAAACAUAUCAGAUGAAAUGGCCAAAACUGCACAGUGGAAGGCUCUUGCCAUGAAUACUGAGAAUGCCAAAGUAACCAGAGCUAACCUGAGCCCUGAAAAAACAGAAAGUGUGAAAAUAAAUAUGGAGUCUACACCUGUCGUGAAAUACGUGGACGCUGAGACCUCUUUAUAGGACUGAACCAAGGGGCAUGGAGUCUGUC